AUGGCUUCCACGAGUUCAUUUCGAAUCGAUCAAAGAGUUUUUAUUCCUGGCAAAAGUUUAGGCACAAUUGCAUUCAUUGGAAAAACAGAAUUCGCCGAUGGGGAAUGGAUUGGUGUUAUACUUGAUGAACCAAAGGGCAAAAAUAAUGGAAGCGUUCGAAAAAAAGAUGGAUCUCUGGUCAAGUAUUUCACAUGUCUUGACAAUCACGGUCUCUACGUUCGACCUAGUCAAAUAGAAUUUAUUAUUGAUGAAUCGGAUACACAUCUACCUCAAUCAGCAUCCAAUCAUUCAGUCAAGUCGCAGUCGAAUGGGCCAGAAAACGGUCAAACAAAAUCAUCUAGCUUAUCAUCAAAGCAAUCGAAUCAUCGCACAUCUACGCGAGUUUCAGGUAAACGUUCUUCCCGAACAUCUCAGUCAAUCGAUGAUAAACUAUCAACUUCUAAAGAUGACACAACGCAACCCUUAAUAUCGGAACCACAAUCAAAACCAAUAACUAUUGUGUCAUCAUCGGAAUCUCCGACAUUUGAUGCUGAACAGUUGAUAUACAAUCUUCAGAACAAAAUCAUUGACCAAAAAGAACAAAUACAAACGUUGAUUGACAAGCGUCGCGAUGAUUUCGAGAAAAUUAAAGAAUUCGAGAGAAUUAAACUGCAAUUAGAACAACUACAAGCCAAUAAACACGAAGCUCAACAACGUAUCAAUGAAUUGAACGAGAAAUUUCAACAGCAAAAGACCGAACUGAAUGAUGUUCGAGAAAAGUUUGCUGCUUACCGUGAAGAAAUGGCUGACACUGAAAUUCGCAUUGAAUCUCUAACACUCGAUCUCGAAAUUGCCGAAGAAAAAUUGGAAAUGUUAACAUCGGAAAAUACUGCGUUGAAGUUCAAACUUGAAGAAGUUGAAUUAGAAUACGAUGUGAUGAAAGGCGAGAUGCAAUUGAAUGGAUCGAAUCAUGUAGCAAAUGGUCUACAGAAGAAAGCGGACGAUGAACGAACGAUUAAAAUGGAACAAGCGUUAAUCAAACUAAGAGAUUUAUUAUUAACUGAGAAAGCAGAAAAUGAAUCAUUGAAAAACGAAUGUAAAUUAAUGGAACAAAGAGCUGAGAAAUUAAUUGAAGAGCAUGAAAAUGCAAAAACUGAUAUUGCAACAAUGCAAGCUACGAUAACUGAUUUGAAGGAACAGGUUGAUAUCUAUGUGGGUGCUCAACAGAUGGCUGAUAUGUUAACAACCAAGAAUCUUUCGCUUGAAGAACAAGUUCGAGAAUUACAAGAAGAAGUGGAUAAUCUCGAAUCAAUCUGUGACAUGGAUAAAGAAAUUGAAGAGAGUGCCAAAGAAGUCGAACAGGAACUCCGUCAAUCAAUUGAUUUAUUACAGAACCAACUUCAUGAAAAAGAGCGACAAGUCGAACAACUUCACUAUACAAUUUCUGAUCAUGAAAGAACAAUAUUAAAAUUUCGUGAAAGUCUAAAAAACAUGCAAACGCAAAAUGAACAAACAAAAAGACAAUUGGAAAAAUACGAUGAACAAUUGAAAUUAGUCGGCUCUCUUCAAUCGAGUGAAUUCAAAGCGAAAGUGAUUGAAACGAAAACUUAUGGCGAGUUCAUUGAAAAUGAAUUACGAAAAGUUCAAGUAGUGAAUUUAACUCAACAUAUUCAAUAUCUGACAUUGUUUCUUCCAAUACAAAUGACAAAACGUGGCGGUGAUCAUGAUUGCGUUCUGGUUCAUUUACUUAUCCAACGAUUAGUUGCAAAAUGCGAAGUAUUAAUGAACGAGACGCUGAAAAAGGUUCAACGAAUUGAUCAAGUAACUGCGGAUGAUGUGUUAAGAUCGCAUCGAGCAGAACAAUGGAGUUUCGCGUGUAAAAUUUUACAAUCAUUAGCCAUUUUUGCAAUGAUCUUAAGGAAAUACAACAACGUGUUGGAAGUAUGCAAUUCAAAUAUGCUUCGUCAACUAGCAAAUUCUUAUCAUGAUCUACUAUCGCAUGAAAAAUCAAUAGAUUUUCUACUUGAAUUGCUAAAAAAGGAUCAACUAUACGAUUCGAUAACAUUGAAUACUUUAGAAAAGACAACAGCGUUUUAUGAACAUAUCUAUAAAAGUCAUUUGAAUGAAGAGAAAUUGUCCAUGGUGAACUAUUUACAAGACGUAAUGCGUGUCAUUUCAUUCAGUAGCGAUGCACUGCAAGCAGAUAUUCAACGGAUACAAAUUUUGCAAAAGGAAUUCGAAGAAAACAACAAUGAACAAGGCCCAUUUACGAUGCUGAUUAUGCGUCUUAUGGAAAGCAAUGAACACUUACGAGCUCAAGCUGGCAAAAUCAACCGUCUUGUAUCCAACGAAGAUGAUUCGAAUCGUUCAUUAGUUCUUGAUACAGACACAAUAUUUUCGAUUGAAUCGACUAUUCGACAUCUCGUGCGUUUGACAAAAACAUUCUAUGAAAUAUGUUCUGGUUUGACAAAUCAAAUUCUCAUACUUUCUGAUCCAAAUGAGCGAAUAAGCACGCAAGACAUUGAAAGUAUUGCCUAUCAAGCAUGUGAUAAGAUUUUCAAACAAGAAAAUGACGGUCCAUACGAUAGUUUAUGGAAUUCAAUGUAUGAAAGUGUUUCCACUAUCAUGAAACUUAGCAGUUCAUUGGAAGAUGGUUUGUUCGAUUCAAAAAUGAUCGAUACUAAUGAAAAGCCUAAACAAGCAAUCUAUAUCUUGGCGGAACAAUUCAAAUUGCUCAUGAAUGAACUGGAAACCAUUCGCCACCGUUUCGAGUUGAAAGAAGAAGAAUUAGUCGAUGUUAAAAAAUUGCUCAAAUUAAAACAAGAUGAGACAAGCGAAUAUUGUAUACGUUUAGCAUUGAAUGACAAAAAACUGGAUACUCUUUCCAAACAAUUCGAUGACGAUAGAUCGAAAUAUUUACAAAUGCUCGAAACAACUCGAAUGAAUGCACAAAAAGAAAUCGAACAAUGUGAAGAUGCCAUGGCAGUACUACAAAAUGAUAACGAAAAACUCGAACAGGAAAUAAAUGAACUAAAGGACUGUCUUAAACAGCAAUCUGAACUGACGAAAAGGAGCAGUAUUGUGCCAAAAAUCGAUGGUCAACAUAUCUCAUCUAGACAAGUGUUAGUACCACAUCUCAGCCAAGAUUUGAUUAGAUUUGAAACGAUGGAACAAGAGAUUACAACACUUCGAAAUACUGUUCGAUUAUUAAAAGAUGAACUAUGGCAAUUGAAAAUGAGCCAUACAUCAAAUGAAUUAACAAAACUUGCCACACCAAUGCGAGAUACCAAAUCAACUGAAAUCAAUGAUAUUUAUAGAAGUUCAACGUUACUUUUAAAUGAUCUUUUUAGUACUAUUGCUAAUUAUAAAAUCACUGGAGAAAAUGUUGCUGUUAAGCAAGAAUUAAUACGUUCAAAAAUGAAAUUAGUUGAUCAAACAGCAGUCAGUCUCAAUCAUCGUCUACACCAAUGCCAAAGUCAAAUUCUUCCCGGUUCGACUAUUGAAACCGACAUGAAAACAUUCUUAAAUCCACAAUUUUCCAAAUUUCUUGCUGAAGAUCGCCAACUCGCCGCAGAAAUUCAUCUACCUGGUGAACAUGCUGGUGGUGAUGUCGAUUUGACUCAAGAACAGUAUUGCCGUAUCAUGCAGUCAGCUAUUGGGUGUAUCUAG